AGCAUCUUCCUCCAACUCUCUGGCAUCCCCAGCAUGAGCCGCCAAUUCGCCUACAAGUCGGGAGCUGCCACCAAGGGGGGCUUCAGCGGCUGCUCAGCCGUGCUCUCGGGGGGCAGCUCGUCCUCCUACCGGGCAGGAGGCAAAGGGCUCAGCGGGGGCUUUGGCAGUCGAAGCCUCUACAGCCUGGGGGGUGCCCGGAGCAUCUCCCUCAACGUGGCCGGUGGCAGCGGGCGGCCAGGCGUCUAUGGGUUUGGCCGAAACCGGGCCAGCGGCUUUGCGGGCAGCAUGUUUGGCAGCGUGGCCCUGGGACCUGCGUGUCCAACUGUGUGCCCUCCAGGGGGCAUCCACCAGGUCACCAUCAACAAGAGCCUCCUGGCCCCCCUCAACGUGGAACUGGACCCCGAGAUCCAGAAAGUGCGCGCCCAGGAGCGGGAGCAAAUCAAGGCUCUGAACAACAAGUUCGCCUCCUUCAUCGACAAGGUGCGGUUCCUGGAGCAGCAGAACCAGGUGCUGGAGACCAAGUGGGAGCUGCUGCAGCAGCUGGACCUCAACAACUGCAAGAACAACCUGGAGCCCAUCCUCGAGGGCUUCAUCAGCAACCUGCGCAAGCAGCUGGAGACGCUGUCCGGGGACAGGGUGAGGCUGGACUCGGAGCUGCGGAACAUGCGGGACGUGGUGGAGGACUACAAGAAGAGGUACGAGGAGGAGAUAAACAAGCGCACAACGGCUGAGAAUGAAUUUGUGGUGCUUAAGAAGGACGUGGACGCGGCCUACAUGAGCAAGGUGGAGCUGCAGGCCAAGGUGGAUGCCCUGGACCGAGAAAUCAAGUUCUUCAAGUGCCUGUAUGAGGGGGAGAUCAGUCAGCUCCAGUCCCACAUCAGUGACACGUCUGUCAUCCUGUCCAUGGACAAUAACCGGAAGCUGGACCUGGACAGCAUCAUCACUGAGGUCCGGGCCCAGUACGAGGAGAUUGCCCUGAAGAGCAAGGCCGAGGCCGAGUCCCUGUACCAGACCAAGUUCCAGGAGCUGCAGCUGGCAGCCGGCAGGCACGGCGACGACCUCAAACACACCAAGAACGAGAUCUCAGAGCUGACCCGGCUCAUCCAGAGGCUGCGCUCCGAGAUCGAGAGUGUGAAGAAGCAGUGCUCCAACCUGGAGACGGCCAUCGCCGACGCCGAGCAGCGGGGGGACAGUGCCCUGAAGGACGCCCGGGCCAAGCUGGAUGAGCUGGAGGGCGCCCUGCACCAGAGCAAGGAGGAGCUGGGCCGGAUGCUGCGGGAGCACCAGGAGCUCAUGAGCACCAAGCUGGCCUUGGACAUCGAGAUUGCCACCUACCGCAAGCUGCUGGAGGGCGAGGAGUGCAGGAUGUCUGGCGAAUACACCAACUCCGUGAGCAUUUCGGUCAUCAGCAGCUCGGCGGCCGGAACCCCGGGGGCAGGAGCCGGCUUCGGGUUCAGCGGUGCCAGCACCUAUGGCUACCGGCCCAGCUCCGUCGGAGGGGGCUACGGCAUGCUGUCUGGGGGCUGUGUCACUGGCAGCGGGAACUGCAGCCCCCGAGGGGAGGCCAAGACCAGGCUGGGAAGUGCAAGUGAAUUCAAGGAUCCUGCAGGGAAGACCUCAGCUCUGAGUUCACCCACCAAGAAAACCACAAGAUAAAGCAAAAGACCCAUUCCCGGUGGCCGCCGCGCCCGGGGUCCCCUGGCUUCUUCCCCAGGAGAGCCCUGUCACGUUUGUCAUCGUGUCCCCUUUGCUUUUCUUUGCCACUGACCUCUCCUCUGUUGUCCACUUCUCUGCCUUAGUUGUUCCUAACUAGAACCAGGAGCCUACCCAUUCUUCUGCCCUGAACCGACACCUCCUGGCUCAGCCUCCCCUUCCUGAAGCAUCGCCAAAGACGAAGACCUGACCCUUCCUCUGGCCUGGUGGCUCUGUGCAGAGGAAGUUUCUCGCAAGGGCAGUCCAUCUUCCUACUGCCCCUGCCAGGCCCAGGGUAGGCAGCUAUUUGGCCACAGCUCCCCAGGCACACGAGA